ACCCGUUAGUUGCAUGCUAGGUUUGCAUCUUGCAAGUUGCAAGGUGUGCUACUAUCAUUUCAAGGUUUACAGUAGCAUAUACAGUUGUACCUACAGUUGAUCUUCGACAUCCAAGUACCUAGUACACUACUAUUCAAAAACUCGCGAUGUCCUCAAAAACACCGAAGCCCGAACACUUGGUAAUCGUAUGCUGCCACGGCGUCUGGGUUGGUGGUCCAGCGCGGGGUCACGAUGAGAAUGAGUGGCUCAUUGCCAAUUUCCAAAAGGGCGAGACACCAACUUUUAUCGAGCACAUUAAAGCCGGACUUCGCGUGAUGGCAGAAGAUGAUAGAGCGGAGUUGUUCUUUUCUGGUGGCCCCACAAGACCCGAAACCCGAAUAACAGAAUCACAGAGCUAUGCUAAGUUAGCCAGAGACAACGACUGGUUUGGAAUCGUGCCCGCCACUGCCGCGGGGCGAAUUCACGUCGAGCUCAAGGCGCUGGACUCUUAUUACAAUGUUCUAUUUUCGGUCCUCGACUUCUGGGAUGUCUUUGAAGGUUGGCCGAGGAAGAUCACCAUAGUCAGCCACGCCUUCAAGCGUGAGCGGCUGGUCGAUUGCCAUUGUGCCGCUAUCGGGUUUCCGUUAGAUCGGGUCGAUUUCGUCGGUAUAGACCCCCCGGGAAUGAUCGACGGGACCAACGAGGCUGUCAUCAAAGGUAUUACGGAAGCGAUUGCACAGUGGGAAGAGGAUCCCCAUGGCAGAGGUGAGCUUCUGGCUGAGAAGAGGAGGAAGAGAAACCCGUGGGGGAUAAGCCAGACUAUCUUUUGGGACGAGGGGCGUUUAAGUCGCAGUGGUGUACGGUUGGGAUUCCACGAAACAGGGGAGGCAUAUCUUCUUGAUGGACAUCCUCAACCAUGGUCCCGAUGUCAUAACUUAUAAGCCACCAUGUUGAAUUGAAGACAAUAUUUAGAAUCAGAUCUUAGAAGAUGCGGCGUUCUUCUCGCCGUCGGCUAGAGCUAUACUAGAGAGGAUAAACUUCACAGCAUCAUCCCUCAUUUCAGUAUUGAACACAUGCCCAGCACCAGGGUAAACAUUGUCUUCCACGUAGAUGCCACCAUCCUUAUACCACGUGCUGGCGGCGUCCUUGAAGAAUCCGAGAAACGGCGCACUAGCGACAUAGGGAACAAGCUUAUCCUUUCCACCAGAAAGGACCUGGAAUCUCUUCCCCGAGAUCUUACUGUCAAGUAAGGGCCGUAGCCUUUCCUGUUCUGCAGCUGAGAUGGGCGAGACUAUCGGGUUAGUACCAAAUAAUAAGCCUUUUGGGUCAUAUUUUUUGCACGUGGCGACUAAUGCGUUCGGGAAGUCCUUGCUUCCCAAGAACGAUGCGCCGUUAUCUUGGGUUGA